CCACCUGUUAUUUGCGUCAUUAUCUCUUCCAGAAGUAUUUGUAUGAAUUUGAACGCUAACAAGAUGGUUUAAGGGGCUCAACAUAUCUCGGGGGAAAACUCAAAAUGCCUAAUGAGAAGACAAACAUUGCCUUGGUAUUUGCCCUUGUGUGGUUUGCGUGCUUUAGCUGGUUUGUCUUUCCCGUAGAUGGCGACUCCGACGUAAAUCAAACUGUCACGCCCUACGCUUGGAACUUCGAUGGUGAUCUAAAUGAGCAUGGCAUGACUAUUAAUAGAGAAAUACGCUACGACUCACCUGACGGUACGAAGGGAGUCUGUUUUCAAGACGGCGGAUAUGCAGACCUUGGUAACCUAGGCGACUGUCUGUCAAAUCCACACAAUUGCCAAAUAUCAUUUUCAGCGUUGAUAAAGAUAAAGGAACAGAGCAAUCACUAUUUAUUCGCCAAAUCUCGCGGCCGUGACACGGAUACAGGCGUUUGGAUACGGGCUUCGGCAUCUGAGAUAAAAGUCUAUGUUGUCACUUCAUCAAAAGUCUGCUAUAAGACCAUUUCAACAAAAAGACAUGACCGUUGGUUCUUUAUGUCAUUUGUGUGGAGCCCGAAUAUUAUCAAGGUCUUUCUUGAUGGUGGUCGUGUGGAUAAGGUUUCUGUUUGCCUUAACAAAAGUGAUGAAAUAAGCACGAAGGCAGUACCGUACAGGCUGUCUGCCGCGUGUUUCGACCAGAUUAGGCUCUGGACCAGCGAGGUGGACGAAGGCACGUUAAACGCUCCCUGGAGGAAAAUAACAGAUAACGGAGGUUCGACAGAGGUCACUCUCACGUUGGAUUUUCUUAACCCAUCACAGGGGGACGGCGCGCUCAAACAACAGCUUAAGGACAACCUAAACAUCAUUGACGCUUUGGUAUUGAGGAGCGAUAAUUCAUCAACCAAAAAGGAUGUUAGAAUCAAUUUCCGUGACAGAUCGUGGUCGUUCCCCUUGAAGAUAAAGACGUUGCUAGAAGAAGGAAUUCUUCUUGGCUCUAAGGGGAGUAUUGCGGGCUGCCAAGCUGACGAUGACCAUUUUUUCUGUGAAAUCCCACAAUUUGUGAGUGUCGAACCAGAACCGAGUUCCUCGACUUCAACAACCAGCGUUAACGUGCAUUUUACAUUUCCCGACACCAAACAGCAGUACCAUGCGGGCUACUAUGUCCUUUACAAGAGCAUUACUGUGCCAGGCACUGACUGGACAGCUCUUCAAUUUCGCCAUAAGAAUCCCCCACUUUUGGUGAAGGAGUUGAGACACAACCAAAACUACACUAUGAGACUGUUGGCAAACUCCUUUAAGGCGAUGGGCCUCGUGAGUGACGCCUUUACCGUGGCCAUACCGGAAGGCAUGCCGAGUGUUGCUCCUACUAUAGCAGCUCACGUCGUCGACCUCACCUGGAUCUAUGUGAACUGGAUUCACAACAUCCCAGAAGAGCAUUACAACGGUGUCCUCACUGGCUACUGCGUCAGGGUUGAUGGGGCCCUCGUGGUUCAAAAAGGGCUUGAAGAAAGCAGCCAUAACGAAACUGGGCUCAUACCCUGCACCCUAUAUAAGGUGGAAGUGAGUGGACGCACGGCGGCAGGCUGCGGGAAAUAUGCGACAAGAUAUGUGAAAACUGGCGCAGCUGUACCGUGUUCGAGCCCAGUGUUUAGUGUUGACGUUUCGAAUGUCACUACUCUGACCAUCAAACUGGGGCAGGUCCCGCUUGGAGACAGGUUUGACGUCAUCCGUGGGUAUCAUCUUCGCAUCUACGACAACCGUACAGGGGAGCUUGUGCGGGCUAUGGAGCGCUGUUGUUCUGGUGACUAUGAGAUAACAGGAUUAGAGAUAUUCUGGCCAUAUACAGUAGAAGUCGCUGCUUUUACAAGCCUUGGUUUAGGGCCUUGGGGGAAGGUUAUUAAAAGGACAGCCGAAUCUGUUCCAGUCGUUGCUCCGUACAAUGUGUUUGGGUACAACACAAGCUCCUCGGAAUUGAGACUUUUCUGGGAUUUCAAUAACACGGAACGAGGCGUACUUGGUAUUUUGACGGGAUUCAAUGUCACUCUCCGAGUAUAUCAAUGGAACGAUUCGCCGAGUAAUGUUUAUAAAGUCAAAAUAAUAUCUGGUGCAGAAACUCGUUCAACAGCGUUUGGUUCAUUAGAUGCCUUUCGGCUUUAUCAGAUCAGGGUGGCAGGAAUGACAAUCAGCGGGACAGGCCUGUUCAGUGACGAAGGCGUGGAUGUGAGGGUGGAGGGAAAAGCACCAAGCAAAGGACCUGGUAUCAUUAGCUCAACGACAAAUUCAAGCAUUACGCUAGAAUUGAAGCCAAUAGAGAAGGGACACUGGCAUGCGCCUGAAAUCUUAGAUUACUACAUAGAGUUGUACCUGGAAAACCAGCUGAUCAGAGCCGUGCAUGUUCCGCCAAAUGACCCUUUCAUCAACUUCAACGACUUGCGUAUAUUCACAAAUUAUCGUGUGUGGCCUUACGCCCGGAAUGUGUACGGGAAUGGGUCGAAGAGUAAUUUUUGGAUCAGAACAGAUUCCAUUCCGCCAUCACGAGAGCCCACAAACCUUCAGUGCAGAGCGACCUCCUCCUCCUCCCUCCUCGUCUCUUGGGCGGGCUUACAUGACAAAUAUUAUAUACACGGUAUCCUACAAGGAUACAAAGUCGUUAUCCAGGGACCAGAUGGCUCACGUAACCGCUCUCGAGUUUGCGAAACAAUCCUCGUAAAGAAUUUCACGAGGUUGGAGUUUUAUACGGAAUACAAUGUAACGGUGGCAGCGUUCAACGAGAAGGGGGACGGACCGAGUGCAGAUGUGAUGUGCACCACGGAUCAGGAUGUUCCAAGCGUCGCCCCCGUGAUUCUCGAGGCGUAUAACACAAGCAGCAGUUCCAUCUUCGUCAGGUGGAACAACUCAAUACCCGCAAAAGAAGUCAAUGGCAUCCUCAUAGGCUUCACCAUCAAUGCAACCUCAUUGGCUACUGGGAAUUCCGACAUUGAGGAGACAGACCAUUUGAUUAGUCAUACUACUAUACAAUUUCUCGGAGCCUACGAAGUACAUCGUGUACACGUUUCUGCUAGAACUAUUAAGGGAGAUGGAGUGAGCGCUUACAUUGAUGUACGAACUGACGAAGACGUCCCCGAGGCAAGCCCAAGCAUUUCUUUCAUCGUCGUCAACCAGACAAGCCUUCAGAUUUCCUGGACCGAACUCAGCCAGUUGCAGUUGAAUGGGGUACUUCUCGGAUACGUCAUCGAACUCUACGACGGGCUGAACGAUACACUUCUUCAAGCGACCAUGGUAUCUUGCAUCACAAGCUUCACUUUCCGAAACUUGGAGAUCUUUUGGCCUUAUAAGGUCGCGAUGGCGGCUAUGACCAUAAAAGGGCCUGGUGUGUUUGGGGAGAAGUCACAAAUGACGGAUGAGUCAGUCCCUGUAGUAUCUCCGCACGGCAUCACGGGAUAUAACACAAGCGCCACAUCCAUCAAGCUUCAUUGGGCGUUUAACGACACGGACCGCAACGUGCUCGGCGUCCUCACAGGAUUCGUCGUCCACCUGAAAGCCGCCAACCUGGAUGACGAGUUUCUCGAGAGCGAGCAGACCAAACGAGUAAUCGCCGAUCCGAAGGCGAGGGAGUACGAGGUAACGGCCUUGGGGAUCUAUACGUUGUACCGGUUUAACAUGACGGCUACGACCAGCAAAGGCGAAGGGGUGGUCAGUUUAGAGGAAGUGCUUAUCCGAACUAAUGGAAAAGGGCCAGGGGCGGACCCAGUCUCACGCUAUACCACCAACAGUACAAGUAUAAGCGUGGACUGGGACGCCAUCCCGAGAGAGAAGCUUUACGGACCGCUGCUAGGAUACAAAGUCGGGUUGUACCUUGUUACGGAGUCUGUGGAGAAGGCGAACUUAAUAAAUCUCGCGCCGAACGCGAGAAACGCCACCUUCGCCGGCCUGAGGAUUUUCACACGAUACAAAGUUAUUGUUUAUGGGUUUAACGAGUAUGGUGAUGGUAUCCAGGCGGCAAUAGACAUACGGACCGAUUCAGAACGUCCCUCUCGGCCUCCCACCAACCUCACCUGCUUUAACACCAGUUCUACGAGUCUCAUCGUUACCUGGCAACCCUUGAGUGACAGCUAUUAUGAGCACGGUGAUAUUCAGGGCUACAAGGUGAUCGCUAAUCAGACAGACGGCAACAGUAGCUUUGUUAUCGCUACUUGUUCGUCCAAUAGGAUGCUGCAGUUUGAGGACCUGUUCAAGUACACCGAGUACAAUGUCACGGUGGCAGCGUUCAACGAGAAGGGGGGCGGCCCGAGUGCAGAGGUGAUGUGCACAACGGAUCAGGAUGUCCCUUCGGCGGCACCCGUGCAAUUAGAAGGGUACAACAUCAGUGACACGGCUAUCAGAGUCAACUGGCUUCCAGUACCCUCGGCCAAUCACCAUGGAGUGAUCCUGGGCUACAAGAUACAUUAUUCAGAUAAUAUUACAUCAAAUCGUCAAAGUAGCACUGUUGACGGAGGAGAUGUUCUGACUGGAGAUAUCCAAGACCUUGAGCCCUACACCGUCUACUUGGUUCGGGUUUCUGCAUUUACCAUAAAGGGCCAAGGGCCGUCAGGGCCUUUAAUUAAUGUUCAAACAGAAGAAAGAGCACCCGAGGUCGCACCUACUAACUUUGUCGGUCGCAAUACCAGCGCUGUCUCAAUCGAGCUGAGCUGGGAUGCGAUUCCUGAGAAGAACGUGUCCGGACCUAUAAGGCUAUACCGGAUACUUUACCGAAAAACAUCACUUCUGGCGGAUGAACGCGAGGUUGUCGAGGUACCCCAAGUGAACAACACCGUGAGUCUUGAUGGUCUGUCCAAGUACACUGGCUACAGCUGCUGGAUCCAAGGAGUCAAUAAAUUUGCUGGCAUCGAGUCGCCGGAGCUGAUGGUAUUCACUGACGAGGAUGUCCCUGUAGUGUCCCCGCACGGCAUCACGGGAUAUAACACAAGCGCCACAUCCAUCAAGCUUCAUUGGGCGUUUAACGACACGAACCGCAACGUGCUCGGCGUCCUCACGGGAUUCGUCGUCCAUCUGAAAGCCGCCAGCCUGGAUGACGAGUUUCUCGAGAGCGAGCAGACCCAACGAGUGGUCAUCGCCGAUCCGAAGGCGAGGGAGUACGAGGUCACGUCCUUGGGGAUCUACACGCUUUACAGGCUUAACAUGACAGCUACGACGAGCAAAGGCGAAGGGGUGGUCAGUUUAGAGGAAGUGCUUAUCCGAACUAAUGGAAAAGGGCCAGGGACGGCCCCAGUUACACGCUAUACCACCAACAGUACAAGUAUAAGCGUGGACUGGGACGCCAUCCCGAGAGAGAAGCUUUACGGACCGCUGCUAGGAUACAAAGUCGGGUUGUACCUUGUUACGGAGUCUGUGGAGAAGGCGAACUUAAUAAAUUUCGCGCCGAACGCGAGAAACGCCACCUUCGCCGGCCUGAGGAUUUUCACACGAUACAAAGUUAUUGUUUAUGGGUUUAACGAGUAUGGUGAUGGUACCCAGGCGGUACUAGACAUACGGACAGAUUCAGAACGUCCCUCUCGGCCUCCCACCUACCUCACCUGCUUUAACACCAGUUCUACGAGUCUCAACGUUACCUGGCAACCCUUGAGUGACAGCUACUAUGAGCACGGUGAUAUUCAGGGCUACAAGGUGAUCACUAACCAGACAGACGGUAACAGUAGCUUUGUUAUCGCUACUUGUUCGUCCAAUAGGAUGCUGCAGUUCAAGGACCUGAUCAAGUACACCGAGUACAAUGUCACGGUGGAAGCGUUCAACGAGAAGGGGGGCGGCCCGAGUGCAGAGGUGAUGUGCACAACGGAUCAGGAUGUCCCUUCGGCGGCACCCGUGCAAGUAGAAGGGUACAACAUCAGUGACACGGCUAUCAGAGUCAACUGGCUACCAGUACCCUCGGCCAAUCAGCACGGAGUGAUCCUGGGCUACAAGAUAUAUUAUUCAGAUAAGAUUACAUCAAAUCGUCAAAGUAGCACUGUUGACGGAGGGGAUGUUCUGACUGGAGAUAUCCAAGACCUUGAGCCCUACACCGUCUACUUGGUUCGGGUUUCUGCAUUUACCAUAAAGGGCCAAGGGCCGUCAGGGCCUUUAAUUAAUGUUAAAACAGAAGAAAGAGCACCCGAGGUCGCACCUACUAACUUUGUCGGUCGCAAUACCAGCGCUGUCUCAAUCGAGCUGAGCUGGGAUGCGAUUCCUGAGAAGAACGUGUCCGGACCCAUAAGGCUGUACCGGAUACUUUACCGAAAAACAUCACUUCUGGCGGAUGAACGCGAGGUUGUCGAGGUACCCCAAGUGAACAACACGAUGAGCCUUGAUGGUCUGUCCAAGUACACUGGCUACAGCUGCUGGAUCCAAGGAGUCAAUAAAUUUGCUGGCAUCGAGUCGCCGGAGCUGAUGGUAUUCACUGACGAGGAUGUCCCUGUAGUAUCCCCGCACAGCAUCACGGGAUAUAACACAAGCGCCACAUCCAUCAAGCUUCAUUGGGCGUUUAACGACACGGACCGCAACGUGCUCGGCGUCCUCACGGGAUUCGUCGUCCACCUGAAAGCCGCCAACCUGGAUGACGAGUUUCUCGAGAGCGAGCAGACCAAACGAGUGGUCAUCGCCGAUCCGAAGGCGAGGGAGUACGAGGUCACGUCCUUGGGGAUCUACACGUUGUACAGGUUUAACAUGACGGCUACGACGAGCAAAGGCGAAGGGGUGGUCAGUUUAGAGGAAGUGCUUAUCAGAACUAAUGGAACAGAGCCAGGGAGGGUUCCAGAUGCUCGCUAUACCACCAACAGUACAAGCAUGAGCGUGGACUGGGACGCCAUCCCGAGAGAGAAGCUUUACGGACCCCUGCUAGGAUACAAAGUCGAGUUGUACUUUGUUACGGAGGAUAAAAGUAGUCCAGUAGAGGUGAACUCUGGAAAUGGGAAACUCGUGGACUCCAGGACAGUACGAAGUGACAAGCGGAAUGCGACUUUCACAGAGCUUCGGAUUUUCACACAGUACAGAGUGGAUGUGCGCGGUUACAACGAGUUCGGACAUGGGGAAAAACACCAGUUAGCAAUAAGAACAGACUCCGCGCGUCCCUCCCGAACACCUUCGAACCUCACGUGCUACAACACCAGUUCCACAUCCCUCCGCGUCGCUUGGCAACCUUUGAUUGACAGUUACUAUGAGCACGGCGUAGUGCUUGGUUACAACGUAACAUAUAAGAGAGCUGACCAUAGAGGGGAACUUAAGUCGGAGAAAAUCGAGCUUCCGGUGAUUUCUCUUAUUUGGAGUUUGACGAGUUUGGAGAAGUUCGUAGAAUACAAUGUAACGGUGGCAGCGUUCAACGAGAAGGGGGGCGGCCCGAGUGCAGAGGUGAUGUGCACAACGGAUCAGGAUGUACCAUCGGCUCCACCGCAGCUUUUCGCCGGAAACAACAUCAGCAAGAGCGCGAUCAAUAUUACCUGGAGCCCAGUCCCUACCGACCACCAAAACGGCGUGAUACUCGGCUACUUGAUCCAGUACAAGGAAAGCUCUUCGCCCGAGUCCCCUUGGGAUAUCAUUCAGGUUAACGAUAGCAGCGCAGAGGUCUGGACCGUGGAUGAUCUGUGGCCGCUCACACUCUACACGAUGCAAGUCGCUGCUUUCACGUUAAAAGGAGUUGGUCCCUGGACUUCGGAGAUUGAAGUAACUACAGAUGAAGCAGCUCCUGCCUACCCGCCGGAGGAUUUCCGUGGCCAUUUUGCUAGUUCAGUCGCCGUUAAGCUCUACUGGACGCCCAUACCUCCUGAGACACUGAGGGGUGCGUUGAGGCUGUACCGCAUCUCCUACGAAGCUCAAGGCUCUCUCUAUAUCAGCAAGCUAGACGUACCUCCGGAUCAGUCAGAAGCAUUGGUGACCGGGCUAAACGAGUUCACCGAGUAUAGGUUUUGGAUCCAGGGGGUGAAUCGAUUCGAGGGAAACAUUUCAUCAGAGAUAGUCAUCAAGACGGACGAGGAUGUACCUGAUAGCAUACCAAGUGAAGACGUAGUGGUCCGCGAAUCCACCGAGCGAACAACAGAUUUGAUCGUGCAGUGGGAAGAGCUGACGGAUGACGAGAAGAAUGGUGAUCUCUUAGGUUACAAAGUAUACUACAAAUAUAACAGCAUGAAUAGCAAGGAGAGCAGGAAGAGACGCGCCAUUUCUGGUGAACCGCUGGACGGAUAUGAGAUGGUCGUGGUUCCACCGACCCAGACAAGCGUGACCUUGUCGGGGCUCAAAAAGUUUUCGACCUACUCGGUAAAAGUGAUAGGAUUUACAGCGAAAGGGAACGCGAAUAUCUCCCAGGAUAUAGUAGUCUCGACACCACAAGAUGCGCCAGAUGGCAUCCCAGCUGAUCUGCGAGUCACGAAUAAAAGCGAUCCCUACUGGAUCCCUGUGUGGUGGGGCCGAAUUCCAAUCGAGCUCAUUAACGGCAUCUUACUCGGCUACCGACUCUACUACAAGAGGGUCGUCACCAACGGGCGUCCUGUAGACGAGCCCGCGAUGAAUUUGACCUUCAGGACCACGGAGUUCUCCACAACGCUUGUCAACCUGAGGAAGGAUUCCAUUUAUCGAGUCCAGGUCACUGCGUUCACAAAGGUCGGGGAAGGACCUAGGGCCGAGGUGAUGGCUGAAACUUGCAGGUGCCCCCCUGUUUUCACGACAUCGUGGUACAACUUCCCCCCAUACGUGAACAUAAGUGAAACAAAUCUGGAUGGGUUCUUGCCUCAAAUCCUCGCGGAUGCCAUCGCUUUGUGCUGCUCCGACUGCGUCAACGGUUUUGGCACCUCCAGGGUUGACUUCCUACGCGACAGCGCCGGAAACCUGGCGAAGAAACGCAACGUAGUGGCUCUCACGUCAAGCAUCAACUAUACAGACAUCGCUUUCCCAGUGCCCGGGUACAAAGGGCAGACCACGUACCCUCCGUAUAUAUACGUGGCCAUCGCCAAGUCGCCGGGCGUGGCGUACAUCACGGUGAAGGAGUUGCCGGGUGAGAGGGGGAACGUGGUGCAGAGGAUGGUCUUUAGCUGCUGGCCCAUUUUCAUGCUGUUCCUAGUCACUGUGAUCAUCGCGGGGGUACUCAUUUGGGUGCUGGAGCGAUCCGUUAACCCUGGAGAGUUCCCUCCAAGCUUCAUCACUGGCGUAUGGAAUGGGGUUUGGUGGGCCUUCAUCACCAUGACAACUCUGGGGUAUGGGGAUCACGUGGCUCGUACCAUUAAGGGCCGUAUUUUUACAAUCGCUUGGACGCUGUUUGGUCUCAUAACGAUGGCUAUUCUGACAGGCGAACUUGCCACGGGACUAACAUCUUAUACCGUCAAACUAUCCGACGGUCUGAUUUACGGUCGGCAGGUUGGGGCAAUCGCCUUUCAAGCGGAGUUAAGACUAGGUCUAAGGAAGGGUGGCAAGAUGAAUCAAAUUAAAAACUACACCACGUACACCGAACUCCGUGACGCGUUGCUCAGCAGAGAGAUCUACGGCGCUUUGGUUGACAUGUACGUUGUGUCGAGUAACAAGGCCUUGUUCGAGCACCCUUUGCUACGGAUCAGCAAACUGCUGGACUACGAGACCACAUACGGCGCCGUACUGACCGAGAACGUCAUGGAUCUCGACUUCUGCUUCCUAGACUACGUGAAUGAGCAGAGGGCUAACGUGUAUAGUACGAUAGCUGAUGGGAUAGAGGUGUAUAAGGAGCCAGUUACGGAGGAUCAGACCCACUCGACUGACCUUUUCGUGACGAACACUUCCGCUUGGUCGCUGUCUAUAAUCGUGCUUGGUUCAGCUCUAGGUGGCCUCGUGCUCAUAUGUGUCGCCAGAGAUCUGUGCCGACGGCGAACCCAGACGGCAGUCAGCAUUGAAAGUGUGGUGUUUCGAAAAGCUCAACUCAAAUACGAGAUGGACACCGUGGUCAAGCAGUUCUAUAUUGAUUUCGCCGAGGUGAUGAAAGUCCUCAGCAAGAGGCACCGUGCAGAGAGGCGACAACUGGUGGAGAAACUCAACCGAGAGAGAAAAGAUAAUCCUUCCUGGGAACGACUGGGCAAUAAUAAGCGGAUAUUAAUUAUUAAUGGAAUUUGAUAAUCCCAUCCUGCAAUUUUAGGUUAAGUGCAAAAAUGGAGUCUAGAAACGAAUUAAUAUAUCCCCCUGUCCAUGAUACUUUGCUUAUGGUCUCAAUUUGCACAGCAAACGAAAUACUUUCCUUCGCAUGAUGUCGCGAAAUAUAAACGUAGAAAUGCAAUGCGUUUUUAAUGGUGCUAGAUUACCACGCUGCCCCUAAUGCCUUGCUUAUGGUCUCAAUCAACAAAAUUCUAACCUUAUAUAUAGUAGGUAGUCGAAGUCUCAAAUAGUAAAAGUAGAAGUGUAAUGCAUUCUUAUAGGGUUAAAAAGCUCUGAUGAUUGACAGCAAAAAAAAAAACGCACAGUGAAAAAAGUUUAGAUUUAAAGUGCAACUGUUUUAAAUCAUUUCGCGUUACAUUGAAUUAUACAAUCCUUUCAUUAAAAGCUUUUGAAUUCAGCAAAUGACUAAACCGCCCUUAGCCGUGGCAAGCUGUUUGGUUACUGUUCGUUGCUAGUCUCUAAUCUUGAUAGUGGAGACUUGACGCUAGCCUUAUCCUCACGGCCUUCUUUAUCUAUCCGCCGCCAUCUAGAAAUUAUACGCCAUGGUCUUCAAAAGCAGAUAGGAAGAAGACUGAGACAAAACUAUUCUGUGUGACGUAUACAGGGAUUUCCAAGUCGCGUAGCCAAAGGGGGGGGGGGGGCGGUGUUUUUAUUAGGCGGAAGGGUGCGUCCCCUGCGUACACCCCUCGCGCAUGUUACCCUACAUAUGGAAUAGCCAGAAGGCUAUAGCCCUGUCUUAAAGAAUGACUGAAGUUAAUUCCCAACUUGCACUUUGACCAUGAGCGUUUGUACAAUUUAGAUGUCAAUAGGCGUUUACUCUUCCAUACGCUUGUUAAAAUCUAACCUACCACACAAAGUUGAAUAAAAUAAAACAUCCAUUUUGAUGUCA